CUAAAUAACACGUCAUGUCUGUGCCGAGCUUCGCAGAUCUCGGAAAAAGUGCAAGGGAUGUGUUCACUACUGGUUACCAUUAUGGCAAAAGUCUCAUGAAAUUGACUGGUAAAGCAGGAUCUGGUGGCGUGCAAGUAGACAGUGAUUUGCGAUUGUAUUUCGACGAUUCGAAGUUAACUGGUGCCGCACACGUAGAAUACAACACGAACGAAUACGGAAUUUUUCGGCAACAAUGGACAACAGACGGUACCAUGAUGUUAGGUUACACCGUAAAUGGAUUCCCAAUAUCGAGUAUGGGUCUGCUAUCAGAACUCAGCUACAAUCCUGCAACUGUUGCUGGAGCUAUAAAAUGUGGGCUCAAAUGCAACCAAGAAAACGUUAACGCAGUCUGUUCGAUCUCUAGUGACUUCAAUUCGAAUAUAAACGUAUUGGGAUCAAUCGUGACAGCUAUAAAGGGCCUGAUGAUCGGUUAUCAAGGUGGAUAUAGCACGGAAACAAAUAGAAUGACGAAGAAUGACAUUGGCAUGACUUAUCUUUACCGUGACGUCGGAUUUCAUUUUCGAUGUGUCUCCAUACCGAACGAAUAUGGACUGUCUCUCUUAUACAAAGUGAACUCGGAUUGGGACGCAGCGAUCAAUGGUAUUUUAGCCAGAACUGGCGGAAUGCAGAAAUGGACACUUGGAACCGGUGCGAAAUGCCAGAUCGACGACAGAUCAACGUUUCGAUGUAAAUUCAACACCGACCUACAACUGGGUAUGAGUAUGCAGCACAGACUCGAUCCACAUGUCCUGCUAACCUUAUCCUUUAACGUCGAUUGUUCUAACAUAACAAGAGGUGGUCACAAAGUCGGUCUAGCCCUCGAAGUGGAAGGCUAAAUUACGAAUAGGACACUCCUAGUCCUGUUUUCCUUUUGUAAAAAUGCUCUUUGAUAUCUGUA